AUGUGAUCAGGUGAGCACACAGCAGCCACGCCCGUACCGAUUUCCCUGGCGUUAACCGACACCACAUGCACAGCGUCCUCGUUUGAAAAGUGUCUUGAGAUCGACCAAGACUGACUCUACGUGUUCCUGUGUAGACAUGUAGCAACAAAACAUCCAUGACGCCUUCACUGAGACUCUGCUGCCCCCCAAUCUUGCACAGGGACGCCAGGAGCUGAAUAAGAAUAUCUGUUGUGAGUUAGAGCGGUAUGAGAGGGAAGUCAGUCCUACUGGCGGUGUUGUGGCCAUGGCGGCUGCUGACGUCACUGGUCCACCUGACAUCUACCGCCGCGAUGUUGACGCUGACGCUGGUCGCGUCUCUGAUGCACGCCACUUCUGUCUUCACCAUGCUGCCCUACACACUACUUCACCAUGCCAUGCGUCCUGUCGGGUUCUUCUGGGUUUCAACGUCGGCAGUAGAUGGGCCUCGGCAAGGGAAACGGUUUCAGGAUAUAGAGGAUAACAACAAUCUACAGAAGCGCCCAGAGAUCUGCACUUCACAACAGUUACUACGCGUAGGGAAGUGUGUGCUAGGUGCCCCACGGUGUAUGUUUGGUACGGCUUGUUCUGUCACACGUCAUGGCUUAACAGCGGCUACAAACCUCGCCUUCUACUACCCUGUUGUCGUUCCUGCACGGGCAGUUGUAUCUACUACGACAAGGGCCGUCACUGGGCUGACGGGAUACCUGUGGCCUACCUCCCCAGAGCAGCAGCUCGAGGUACGGGAAGCUCGUCCACAGGACAUGGCGAGAGUCGCAAAGAUGCUCGAGCAUGACCGUGCGAGACUUCUGCUACCUGCACAGCUCCAUAUCCUGUCCAUGCCUGGUAGCUUUACAGCAAUGCUUGUGAUCGGUGGAGUGAUCAACAGCCUACUGCACAGCGAGCUGGUCGCCAUCCUAGCGGCUUUACCCCUCUGGGUGGGCGUCAUGCAGGCCCAACUGAGCAGUUACUGGACCCAGGAACAGGAACGAAGGAACGAUGAGGGAAGUCUGUCCCGGUACCUCGUGGCCGUGUACAAGAGCCGAGUCCAGGGAGUCGUCAGGCUGGUGUCACCCGUGGGUGAUCAAGGAGAUCACCCGGUCAUCAAGGAGAUCAUCUGGGUAGAGAACGAGAGGUUUGACGUGCCAGGCGAGCUAUUGAAAUCUGCCGAGUCGUACAGUAACAGCAAAGGGGAGAUCCGAGCCACCCUGUCCGAGCUGGAGACCGACAAGUUAGGGACGCUGACCGCACACGGGUUCCGCCUUACACACACGUGCACAGCGCUGAGCAUCUUCCCCGGAAUAGAGUUGGAGAACUACGAGCUAUCCAAGAACGUAAAGUACUAAUAAUCUCCUGCUUACGUUCCACCUUUUUUGGCAAAUAG